AUGAAUACCUACAACCAUUACGACAUCUGCUCAGAGGAAAGUGCAAGCUUCAGCCCAAUGACCACAGAUCAAGAUGCUUCCGAUUCUUCAUAUUCACAAUCAUUCGAAUAUCAAGUAAUCAGCCUCCAUUCAAUGGCUCGCAGAUUAUCAAAUCUUCAGAAAGACCAACAGGAACGCAAAAUUCACACAAGAAGACAUCGCCUCACGACCGAUCCAGCUUACUACUAA